AUGUCGGGUCGUCAAGGUGGAAAGCUCAAGCCUCUUAAGCAGUCGAAAAAGGCACCAUCUGGUGAAGCAGACGAGGAUGAUCUUGCAUUCAAGCAGAAGCAGAGAGAAGAGCAAAUCAAGCUGAAAGAAAUGCAAAAAAAAGCAUCUGAAAAAGGACCUCUUGAAACUUUCAACAUGGCUCAAUAUACUUAUGACGAGACUGGUGCUCUAUUCAGUGUAUUCAUACUGACUUUGCUUGCCAUUCUCCUCUUGCCUACCACUUAUUACACUUUGGCUUCAAAAUCACAGGACCCCAUUUUUAUCACUUCUGAUAACGAUUUCCCUCAUUGUGAUGCCAAACGACAGUAUCUUUCUACUGUCAAGAGGUCUUCCAAGAGUGGGCUAUCUGUUCGCAUUGUCUUGAUCUUGCUCGGAUGGGUCUCUUUUGCCCUGAUUGCCUACCACGCCGCUACUGUCAAGUUCGAUGAGCCUGUUUUGUGGGACCCUUACCAAAUUCUUGGUGUUGAUUCUUUUACUUCCGAAAAAGCAAUCAAAAAGGCCUUCAAGAAACUAUCACUUAGAUUCCAUCCUGACAAGGUUGUCGAGGAUGAAAAGGCAGAGGCCGAAAAAAAGUUUGUUGAAAUCUCAAAGGCUUACAAAGUUUUGACCGAUUCUGAGGCUCGUAUGAUUUUUGACGAAACUGGUCAUCCCGAUGGAAAGCAAGCCUUCCAGCUUGGUCUCGCACUUCCCAAGUGGCUCGUUGAAGAAGGAAACUCUGCAGUGGUUUUACUGUUUUACACCCUUAUUUUUGGUAUUGGCAUGCCAGUUAUGGUUGCUCGCUGGUGGAGUAAAGCAAAACACAUGACCAAGAACAAGAUUGAGAAUGAAACCAUGGCAUUGUUUUACAGGGAUAUCAAGGAAAGCAUGAGCUUUAAAAGUCUAGUUGACGUGCUCUCUAAAUCCACAGAGUUUAUAAGUCUAACUGUAGAUGGCACUGCUGCAGAAUAUGAAAAACUUUCUGGGCAGAUACAAACUGCUAUGGAAGAAACUACUGUUCACCGAUUUGACCAUUUGAAAAAGGUCACUAGCAAAGAUUUUACAGCAGUUGCUAGCUACCGCGCUUCACUUCUUAUCUAUGCCCAUCUGGUUCGAGUCUUUCCCGAGGAUCCUGUACUUUUGGAAGUUCAACGUCGCGUUAUUGAACGCUGCUCUAUUUUGACAAAUGGAAUGCUUCAAAUUGUUACUGCUCGACACUGGUUGUCCACUACUACUGCCAUCAUUGAGCUGUCCCAGCGCAACAUUGACACUGUUGAAAAGUUUGUUUUAUUGAAAAAGGAUGAGCAGAGAGAACUACUCAAGGACCUGUCAACUACUGAAUCAAAUACUUUUAUUGCUGUUGCCGAUCGUAUCCCUGCUGUCAAGAUUGUCAAAGCAAACUAUAGUGUUUUGGGUGAGCCUGCUAUCAUCCCUGGUGCGAUUGUUACGCUGAGCGUCAAGCUGCGAUCCGUGUAUGGUGGUGUAGAAGCCAUGGUUGGAAGUGAUGGCAAGCCUCGUGAUUCUGAAUUCACCGAUCCUGAUGUCGAGGCCGCCAAGGCCAAGAAAUGGUGGAAAGAGUCCAAGGAAAUUGUUCAUGAACCACACGCACCUUACUUUUUUGCUGUCAAGAAACCUACAUGGUGGGUCAUUCAUGCCAAUUCCAAGGACAAUCGCGUGAUUUGCUUUGGAAAGGUCGUCGGUCUUGAUGAUGACAAGACGGUUCGUCUACAAUUUCAAGCACCACCACAAGCAGGAACAUGGACAUUCCAAGUGAUUGUCAAAUCCGAUACCUAUGUUGGAAUCGACCAGAAAAUUGAUAUAAAGCUGAUUGUACUUCCAGAGUCGGCUGCACCAAUCGAGUCUGACGACAAUAUUUCUGAACCCGAGGAGGAAUCUCUUGCAGGCCAAAUGCAGGCCUCAAAGGCACAACUGAAAAAACGCCCCAAAACCAAAGCAGCUCAUCUCCGUGAAGAGUUUGACGAUUCUUCCGAUUCAGACGAUGAAAGCUGGUCAGAUGGUGAUCGCCAAGAUGAUGAAGGCAGAGAUUGGGAGUCUGAUCAUUCCGACUUUGUCGAAUAAACCAAUAUGUGAGACUAGUUU